AUUGAAAAUAUUUGUCUUUUUUCUUUUCUGUCCGGGGCUCCAGGUGGUCUAACAGCCUAGAAAAUACUUGGUAUCCCGCACAUCAAGGAGUGUGCUUCGCUCUGAGGAGACCAAUUAGAAAUUCCACUCCUGCGCGGCCCGGGAUGUGGAGGUAAAAGAGCUCCAAGAGGUAAAUGUGAUGCGUGCCCCGCCCCGGCCCAGCCAACCCGCGCCUGGAAUUUUUCGCCCCAGACAACUGAUGAGGAUAUAUUCGCCCACCUGAACCUUUUUGCAGGACGAAGGGUUCAAAACACCUGAGCCUGCCAGCGCCGGUCUGACAGCGCAAGCCUUCUCGCGCGUAGGGUUCUCUCCUUUUUUGGUUGUUGUUAUUGCCACAUUGCGUUCGGGACGGUAUUCGAAAAGAAUAUUAGAACCCCGUCCCACGCGUUGGGAAGUUCUAUUCCAAAUUCGACCGUACGAGGGAACACACUAGCGAGCCGAAACAAGAUGUCCGCAGCCGGGACAGUGGAGACACAACAACGGGACGGAGGAAAGUCCCAACGGGAGCACAUGUACCGUGAGUUUCAAACAUGGGCCGUCCAGACAUACGGCGACAGCGGCAAGACCAAAACGGUGACCCGGAAAAAGUACCGGCGCAUCAUGCGGUACCUCUCGGGCGACGAGAAGCCCACCACCGACAACGCUAAGUUCCGCUUCUGGGUGAAAUCCAAAGGGUUCGUGCUGUCCCCUAUGGGAAACAACAACGAUUCACCGAACAAGAAGGGGAUCCUCUACGUUCCUGUGAAAAAUCAGGACGUGAAGACUGGACAAGGCUUCAAGCGCGUGGCUGUGGUGGAGGACUUCUUCAGUAUUAUCUACAACAUGCACGUCAGCGCUCCGGAGGGGGAGGGCAGACCACCCAAACACGCGGGGCAGAAGAGAACGUACAGAGCGAUCGCGGAGACGUACGCCUUCCUGCCGCGUGAGGCGGUGACGCGGUUCCUGAUGUCGUGCCGGGAGUGCCAGAAGCGCAUGCAUCUCACAAACUCCGCCCAGGAGGAUCACGUGACCACAUCCAAGUCCUCACAGAUCAACUUCAACCUGCCAAUCAUGGAACAGGUGCUUCACCGGAAGGGCGAACAGGGCCAAGAGCAGGAUGCAACGUCGGUCUCCAGCGCAGACACAGACAACAGUGACAGCAACGCCGGCUCAGGGGACCUGGAUGUCACCUCUCCUAACGAACAGGAGGCAGACAAGACAUCCCAGCAGCCCAACGGCGUCCCCGCCAAGGAGGGCAAGUCAGAAAAUGAUUCAGGAUCAGAUGACAGCAGUGGAACGCCUGCGAGUCCCACUCCUCCAACCAACAAGCCAAUAGGGAAGGGCGUAACAGAAACAGCUGCCAGCAAGCAGCCAAUAGCCAGCCAGGACAGCAAGAAUGACGACAGCAUGGAACCAAUCAACUUGAGCGACAAGUCACCAAAGUCAGCGGAGUCGCGGAGUGUCCUGUCAGAAGGGCUGACAGGUCGGAGGUUGGAGGUGGAAGGUCAGAAAGGUCAUCGACCUGACCUCAGUGCCCAUGGCCACACCUACUCCCUCUUUGCAUGCCUGAAAGCAGCAGAUCAGGAGCCAAAAAGAAACGCGUCCCAUGCAUAUGACCGAACUCACUACCCUGAAUUGACUGCACAGUUAGAGGCACCCAUCAUCCCAGAGGACCUGUCUAUCAGCCGCCCCGAGUCGCGGGAUGAUGACGACGAUGAUGACAAUGAUGACAACGACAAGAUAAAUGACCAAGAUGUGGACCCAGAGAGACUGAAGGCCUUCAAUAUGUUUGUCCGUCUCUUCGUGGAUGAGAAUCUGGACCGGAUGGUGCCCAUCUCCAAGCAACCGAAGGAGAAGAUCCAAGCCAUCAUCGAGUCCUGCAACCGACAGUUCCCCGAGUUUAACGAGCGAGCCCGCAAGCGAAUCCGAACGUACCUUAAGUCCUGCAGAAGAAUGAAGCGCAACAAGGACUCCAAUGGGGUGGAAACUUUGAGACCCACCCCUCCCCACCUUACAUCCGCCAUGGCUGAGAGCAUCCUGGCAGCAGCCUGCGAGAGCGAAGCCAAGAGACAACAGGACCAACUCAAGGCCUUACACCAAGACGAGCCUCAAACAAAACGCAUGAAAACUGACCAUCAUCGGGAUGAGCCACCAGUGCUGGACUGCCACUCCGAACUUCUGCCUUACAACUCCACCUCCUACCCAAAUGGAACGUCCCGCCUUGGCCUGCACAGCUAUCCCAACUCACAGAGCUACCACCAGUCAACAGUCACAAAUGGUCCAACUGAUCUUAGUUUAAAGAAGAGUCCAUCCAAGAGCACCUUGAACCCCAAUGAAGUGGCAGCCAUCAAGCAGCUGAUUGCCGGCUACCGAGAGUCGGCGGCGUUCCUCUACCGUUCCGCGGACGAACUGGAGCAGCUACUCCUGCAGCAGAGCUAAGGUGGCGUAACGUGCCGGUAUUGUUGGGCCGUCCUGUGUGCAAUGUGGCAGUGCCUGUCUGGCAUUAACAGACGAGGAGUUUGCAGUUGACAAUGUAGGGUGUCCGUUGUGCAAUCACUUAGGUCCUGUUUUUACAACAGGGAGAGAGAGAUUGAAAUUGUUUACGUUGGUGUCUUCACCAAGAUAGAUACGUGUCUUGGGCAGGGAGGGAAAAAAUGGAAAAGAAUGGCUUGAAACCAAUUGUAUGUACGGCAAAUCAUGCCCGACAUUUACAAUUAUGGUGCCACCAAAUAUGGCCUCUGGACGAGAUUGCAUUACUCGAACUUGAGAGAACUUGAACUUGAGAAAACAUCACCAUCAAAGUGACUUUGACUUUGGAAUGUCUACCGACGUAGGGCUUGGAUAGCACUUUUUUUCACUGCUAUCCCUUGUACAAGCCCUCACGACAAAAAAGGUCUGACGAUUGUGCCUCCACAAAUUGAGAGAGAAACUUAGUAUGUAAUGUUCUAUAAUAGAGCAUUAGAGUACCUUCAAGGGUAUAGGUGUAUAUGUUGUUGAGACAUGUUAUAUAGGGAGAGAAAUACAGAAUAUGUCUAUGAGUACUUAUUGAGGGAAAACUUUGUGGCACCUCCUUUUUUGAAGAAUCUUCACACUUUGAUAGCUGCAAAUUCCAACCGCAUUGUUGGUUUAGUUUGGUAACCAAGGAAUGGGGAAAACUAGAUAUGAGUCUGUCAUAGGCAAAGCAGCAAGAGUUUCUUAGAUGGUAUAUUGUUGAUACCUGUAUCAGAAGAGAGAUGUGGUGGUUUGCAGAUAUGCUUUUGUAGAUAUGGUCUGAGCUCAUAAAUUUAUUGAUAUAAAGUAUAUGAAGCUGCACUUGGCCAAAAUGUCUAGUGAAAAUGGACGGUUUUGUAGAUAAUCAUCCAAAGAUUGUGUUCAGCAGAUGUGUAAUAUUCUAUUUUACAUGAAAAAUGCUGCCUCUACAUUAAUAUUGUUGACAAAUAUAUAUGAGAUGUCGUCUCAGAUGAUUUAAGGACACCUUAUCUAAUAUUUAUUUGCUUAUUUAUUUAUUUCUUGUUGAGUACAAAAUGUGAGAUAUAUAUUAUAUAUGAGCGUAAAAGGUUAGUUGAGAGUUGAAGUUUAUUGUUUGAGUUAUUGAAACGUCAUUCCAUAUUUGAGACUCAAAGUCCAAGUAUUUGUGAGUAAAGUUUUGUACAGCAAAAUGUUGUAUAAGUUGAGUUCAGCAUAUAUUAGAUACUAGUUUAAAAUGCCAUCAGAAAGCAGGUUUUGCCAAAUAAGACAUUCAAGCACUUAGAACAUUUGUGACCAUUCCUUAAACUUAAAGUUUGUACUUCCAAGCCACGUGCACGUGUGAGCCAGUUAAUCUUAUCUAAUGUCUUCAAACAAUGUCAAAACAAAAAGGAUGGACAUGGACAUUGUCAUUUUUCAUUAAUUUAUUACUUAACCCACUUCCAACAAUGAUAUCUUUAAUCUAGGAAUCAAACAUGGCAUGAAAUGUUUGGGAUUUCUGUAUUAGGAAAAAAGCUAAUGCUAGUUCACCUUUAUUUGCAGGGUAGCCAAUAUCCAUUGUUUUUAAAAACAGUAUUUGGGGAUAUCAAGUCAAUGGACAGUGUUUUCAAACAACAUUGCGAUAUUUUAAAAAUAUUUCAGUUUGAAACCAUUGUUUGUCGACUUGAUAUCUCUAUAGAUACCGUUUUCAAAAACAACGGAUAUAGGUUACCCCACAGGUAAAGGUGAACAAGCGAUGGGUGCUGCAAGAAAAAUUUUGAAUUGAAUCUAUCUGCCUAUUGCAGCUGUUUGUAUUAGCAACUUUUUGAUCAUAUGACAUUGUGUACCUUAUUUUGCUUGAUCCUGAACUUGAAAAGGCAAGCUUUGUACUUUUUAAGGGACCAAAUGACCAUUGGCUUCUACCAGCAGUAACCACCUAUAGUUAUGGAUUCUAAUAGAUACAAAAUGCAUCUCAUGAUCCACCUUUGAAACCAUGCUGUAUGUGACACAGACAAUGCAGUCUUAGUUCAAUUCAAACGUAGGUAAAUUCUGUACCAGCUUGCACAGAGGGGCAUCUGUUUGGUUUCUUUUGAUGAUUGUGCCACAAACCAUUUCAAAAUUUUAUCAUCUGCAACAAAAUUUUUUUUCAUCUUUUUUUUCAUACAUUUUUGAUGGAACACACAGAAAGGCACAUGCAGCCUGUUAAAUCUUAUUUCAAGCCACACUGAAAAGUUCUGUUUUCCAUCUGUACAUACACAUGUUUAAGAGAAGGCGUUCUAGCACCGUGGACAGGUACCACAUGGAAUGUACUACUUGUGAGAACUGCAUUGGCAAUCGCAAGUCACAUUCUUACCAUGUAUCCACUAGAAUCAAAUAGAUGCCUAAAAUGCUGUUUGACCAUGAGUUCACUUCUCAGUUUACAAAUAUGAUGUUUUCGUAGUUCAAAUGACCUUUGAACAUCAAGACUUAGUGUUUCACUACAUUUUCACCUUUUGCUUCUCUGAGUAUGCUUUGAAGUAAAAAUGGUCAAGAGCAAUGGUCAGUUACAUGUACUUAAUUGACAGUAAAACGGGUGGAGGUUCAUUCCAUAAUAGCUCUACAUUUAGCCUUUCAAGUAAAGGAUUUUAUUCAAUACUUUCCAAACUGGUGUGUAUGUAAGCAGUUUACAAAGAAAGUACAGUCGCAAGUCUAGCCAAUGACUUUUGCAUUGUCAAAUAGAUACAAAUGAAAUUGACACAAGAAUCUGCUGUUUCAAGAUAUAAUCUGUAAUCUUAUUUUCUACCAUUGGUAUGAAAAGAUCCGUGUGUACAUCUGAUUCAGUGUUUACUGGCUAUAAUCCUGUCCAAAACAAAUCUUGUACUUUGACAAAAAUUGUACUUAAACGCCAUGGUGUCAUUCAGGCUGACUAGUUAGUGAGAAGCAUACACAUUUAUAGGCGAGGGCUUCUGGUAUUUCUUCCAUUAUACAUAUCAUAGACUUAUCUAGAACUAUUGCUUGAGACAAAACAAUGGGUAAAGUGCUUAAGCACUAAAAGUAAAGACAAUUAUGAUUUACAGAUGGUAACACACUUGAAAACAUGUACUGAUGUUCCAUGAAUGUUCAAACCUUGCAAAGAUAGUAGCUUGGCUGGCAUUUCGGAAAAGACUGAAUGGAAGCGUUAUUUUGGUGCAUUCCAGGAACUUUAUUUUGCAUUUACCCUUAAUGGGUACAUUCCAGAAACUUUGUUGUGUAUUUAGCUUUAUGGUGUAUUUCAUUCAGGUGUCAAAGAAAGCUGUACAAUCAUUACAUUGUGGUAAGCUUCAUGUCAUUUUGAUGUUUUGAAAGGAAGAUGGCAUAUUAAAGAAGAGAAGACAAGAUGCUGCA